UGGAAACCGUGGCAGUCGGGACUUUGCCGGUACCGCGGUCUGUACAGCUAGACGACGACUAGCCGCAGCAUGAUGAUCAUGGAGCACCAUGGAUGGAGCGACGACGAGCGCGUCAAGUUCGCCGAUGCGCUCGCCAAGUUUGGCUCGGACUGGAACCGGAUCUCGCGGGCCAUCGACUCGAAGAGUGUGCAGGAAGUGUACGAAUAUGCCACCGCGUACUACAAGUCCAUGAUGAGCGGCAAGGACCUGCGCUCUAUCGAGACCAUGAAGAGCUCUGUGUGUGCGUCGCUCUUGGCCGAGAAGCUCCAGCAACCGGCGGUCGGCGACUGCAACCAUGCGAAGGAAAACAGCCUCGUGGGCAACGGCAAUGCCACGGCCUCGUCGCCAGGCGUCGAUGUCAAGGAGACCGCAAUGUCGAACGAAGCCACGAGCUUGCCGUUCGAGUUGCGCGACGUGUCGCCAAGCAACCGCUACUAUACAACUAGCAUUCCGCCCCAAGUGUACAAGACGGGUCUCUCGGGCAACCCGUAUGAGAACCGCAUCAAGGACCUCUCGGACGCCGACAUCAAGCUUCUUUUGCGCAAGCGCAUCCUCGACAUGACGCGGCGCAAGCAAGAAAACUUGGCCAAGCGCAAGAUGCACGAGACCUUUGCGUCCCAGCAAAUCAUGGCUUUUCAGGCCAAACACGGCGUGACGACCACGCGGCUCCCCUCGUCGUCGGCCGACGAGGCAGCUGCGAAGGCGUCCAAGCGCUCCUCCCGUCCCGCCGCGCUGGCGCCCAAGAACAAGAAGCGCAAGACCCCCAGCGGAGACGGAUUCGCCGGCGUCGAUGCGCUGGCCAUGAUUAGCUGCGAAGAGCUGCAACGCUACCAUGGCCGAGGCGAGUCGCUGACGACGCCCGCGGGGCAGCAAGCCUCGUUUGACUUUUCCAUUGCGCCGAGCAACAAGGACGCCAAGCGCGCCAAGUGGACGUCGGAGGAGCACGACCUCUUUGUCGACGGCCUCAAGCGCUAUGGGCGCAAGUGGAAGAAGGUGCAAGAGCACGUCAAGACCAAGUCGAAGGAGCAGGUGCGCAACCACGCCAACGCCUACUUUGCCUCCAAGCCCACGUCCGAGACGGGCGAUGUCCUUGAGGUCGCGGGCUUUCUCAGCUCGCUCGCGCAAGCCCCGAACAGCGGCCGCUAACGACGACGACGACGCGUUGUAUUUUUGAUUUUUGCAGCCCAGUUAGAGCAGCACCACGCGACAGCCUAGCGAUCGUACUGCUCGUAACCCGUAAUUUAAGCUUCUUCCUCCUUGC